AUGGCCUAUGACUGCUUUGUGGCCAUCUGCAAACCCCUGCACUAUGGGACCCUCAUGGGCAGCAGAGCUUGUGUCAAAAUGGCAGCAGCUGCCUGGGCCAGUGGUUUUCUCUAUGCUCUCCUGCACACUGGGAACACAUUUUCUAUACCACUCUGCAAAGGCAAUGCAGUAGAGCAAUUCUUCUGUGAGAUUCCCCAGAUCCUCAAGCUCUCCUGCUCAGACUGCUACCUCAGGGAACUGGGACUUAUUGUGGUUAGUUCCUGUUUAGUCUUUGGGUGUUUCAUUUUCAUUGUGGUGUCCUACGUGCAGAUCUUCACUGUUGUGCUGCGGAUCCCCUCUGAGCAGGGCCGGCACAAAGCCUUUUCCAUGUGCCUCCCGCACCUGGCCGUGGCCUCCCUGUUUCUCAGCACUGCACUGUUUGCCUACCUGAAGCCCCCCUCCCUCUCCUCCCCAGCUCUGGAUCUGGUGGUGGCUGUUCUGUACUCGGUGGUGCCUCCAGCAGUGAACCCCCUCAUCUACAGCAUGAGGAAUAAGGAGCUCAAGGAUGCACUGAGGAAACUGAUUCAAUGGGUAUGA